CAUCGGAGUGUGCGUUUCGUCGGCUGCACCAGUAUUGUCAGCGGGGAUGGGUCUGGCGCUCGCGGUCGGGCUCGUGCCACUGGGCGGACUCCUGCAGCUCUACUGCGCGCAGCGACACCUCGCCGUGGCCCCCGUCGCCAUGUACCGAGGCGUGCAACCGCGGCCCGUGCCCUGUCCGAUUGGCAUGUUUCGCCAGCCCGGCAACGGCGUCUCGCUCACCGAGUGCCAGUUGUGUCCGCGGGGCGUCUACGGCAAGCGGCCGGGGCUCGAGUCGAGCGCGUGCAGUGGGCCGUGCCCCAAAGGAACCUACCAAGACAGACUGGGCGCCACAUCGAUGGACGACUGCACACCGUGUCCCAAGGGCACGUACGGGGCGACCCCCGGCUUGACGUCGCGGGCGUGCACGGCGCCGUGCCCGUACGGUACGUACAGCAUGGUCGAGGGUCUCACCGCCGCGUCGAGCUGCACGCCGUGUGACCCUGACUACCGUGGCCCCAACGGCCACCGCGGCAACAAUGUCAACGCUGCCAACGCCGGCGGCUACGUCUGCGACCGGUACUACACCGACGUCACCCGCAAAAAGAUCGCGACCGGCAAAGACGCGGCGCGCAAGACGCAACGGCGCGCGCAGUACGACUGAAAUCAACAAGUUCGUUCGUGGUCUUAUGGCUUGUACAAGCGGUUUUGAACACUUGGG